AUGACCGACGUCAUGGCCCAACAAGGCCUGUUAUCCGCCCCUGCCUCCAGGCAAGACAUUGUCAGCGCGCUCCUCAACGACUAUGGCAACUCCUUUGGUCGAGGUGACGCAUCUCCUUCAACUUAUUCGCCUGUACCCGCGGAUAAGGAACUUCCUCUGCCUCCGCCACGAUCAGAUAGCCUUGCGCGCAAACCACUACCAGCUGCGCUGAGAAUGCAAACGAAGUUUCAACUGAGAGACGAUCAAGACGCACCUGUCUUUCCGGCAAGUCCGGUUCCAGGGUCCCCACCAAGGAAGAGGAUUCAGUCACGUAGCCUUUCUCGUGAAUCUAAACCAGCAUCUCUCAAGCUCACUAUCAGCAACGGAUCAACAGCAACGGUUCCCCCUACCCCAGCAUUCCCGGCACGGUCCGAGUCUCUACCUUCGUCAGCAUCCGAGGAGAAAGAUCUUCCCCCUCCACCGCCAGCCAAGUCUGAAAGGCGGAAGUCAAUCAAGCAGUCUGAUAUGCGAAACGAAUCAUCAAGGCCAGCAACAGAACUCUCAAGGAACGACUCACUUCUUUCCCAAGACGGAAGCAGGGACGCGACAGAGACGUCUACCGAAACUACAUCACCAAUUGUCAAACGCAAAGCAGUACCAGACCAAGGUCUCAAGAAGUUUAAGAGCUUGGCAGAAUUGACUAAUGGACCGCGAGGAAGGAAGGGUGCAUCAGUGCCUCCUACGUCUAUACCAAGAGAUGUGAGCGUUGACAGCCAGCGGUCAGAUGCUAUGCCCAGGAAAGCCAGUGUCGACAGUCAAGCAAGCAUGUCAGGAGAACAGCCACGUAACAUGGAAGCACAACUUCCUCCGACACCAGACGAGGAACAGGAAAACACCAAAGUCCCUGCACCCCCCAAGAAAGUCUUUACAGGCCUCCCCUCAAACCCUCGUGUCAAAGCCCCAGCUUCGCCUAUGCACGCUCGCGGCAAAAGCAGCACCGGCUUCAACGUUUUGAAGGCAAUGAGGCCGGCUCCUCCAAUCCCCACGAAGGAACUACAAACGAUUACGCCUGAAAUGACACCUUCUCCAACUCUGAAGCCGAUCCUGGCGAAGAAGGAGGGUGAGAUAUCUCCUUUCUCGCCUUUACCGCCGCCAAGCGAGCAGAGGAGGCCUUUUAGCUACGAGCCUGCUGCUGCCGCUGCUGAACCCCAGCAAAAGCCAGCGGAGCAAGAAGAAAGACCAAUGGCUGCUAAGCCAGCGCCUCAAACUACAAUGCUACCCGUCGAGACCCAAAUCCCUAUCCGCACGACAUCUUUCGACCCACCCGAGCCAUCUCCAGGUGUCCGACCCACAAGCGCCCCAUCCCGCCCAACAUCCUUCGACCUACAAGACAUGAACCUCUCUCCUUUCCCGGGUCCCUCUGUUCCAACAUCUCCCAUUGACGACGCACUCGCCGAACCUACAACCCCACCAACACCCCCUCCUUUUACACCUCUAACUCGCCACCCAAUCCCCUUACCCGUCUCCUACAUCCCACGCAUAACCCCUGCACAAGUCUCCUGCUAUACCUCGCACCGCCACAACAUCUGGUCCAACAACAUCUUCCAACCCAUGGGCUGCAUGGUGUGCCAUGAAAACGACAAGGACAGGAAGUGGGCGUGUACGUGGUGUCAGUUGCGGAUCUGCCGCAGUUGCAGUGAGGAUUUGAGGGCGGUUCCUGGAAGGGACUUGAGGACUUUGCUGGAGGCGAGGGAGAAGGGGGAAACGGUGGUGGCUGAGGGGAUGAAAAAGUUGGAACAGGAAGAGGGGUUUAGAAUGGUUGUUGAGGAUGUUGAUGGGGAGGAGGAGGGCGAGAGAAAGGACAGGGAGGGGAGGGUCUGA